AUGUCACCUACGAUUCAAAGUUUAACUAAAAAGUUAGUCAAUGAUCCCAAUGCUUUUGCUCCAGCAGAUGCGCAGGCAGCAAUCGUUGAGUUAAUGGCUGGUAGAGCGACAUCAGCUCAGAUAGCUUGUUUUCUAAUCGCAUUGAAAAUACUAAACAAAGAUGCCGAACCCGAAAUAGUUGCUGCAUGUGCGGCGUCGAUGCUCGAGUUUGCCGUCAAAGUGGAUUUUAGUCAAUAUGAAGGAUUACAGGAUUCACUGGUGGACGUUGUGGGGACGGGUGGAGAUGGUAUGAAUACUUUUAAUGUGUCAACUACUGCGGCCAUUGUGAUUGCUGGUGCAGGUGCGAAAGUUGCUAAGUUUGGCAACAGGGCUGCUUCGUCUUCAAGUGGAUCGGCUGAUAUCCUGGAAUCGCUUGGUUGCAAAAUAAUCAAUGUCACCGCUAGUGAGGUACCUCACAUAGUCAACUCAAACAACUUUUGUUUUCUCUUUGCACAAACCUUCCAUCCUGCUGUGAAGCACGUUGCACAGCCACGAAGGGAGAUGGGUAUUCCUACAAUAUUUAAUUUAUUAGGGCCGUUAGUCAACCCAGCAAGGCCAAAGAGAGUAGUGAUUGGAGUGUAUUCAAAAAGUCUUGGUCCAUUAGUCAUCGAGGCAUUAAGGUUGAAUCAAGCCAAGAAGGCUAUGGUAGUGCAUGGAGCUAUUGGGUUAGAUGAGGUUAGCCCGGAAGGUGAAACUUUUGUAUGGGAACUGGAAGAUGACAUUAUCAAAGAGUAUACAGUAACACCAUCGGACUAUGGUCUUCCCUCCCAUCCAAUCUCUUCUGUUGCUGGAGGUACAGCUAGUGAGAAUGCAGAAACUUUAUUGAAGCUAUUAUCAAAUGAGUAUGAGGGUCCAGUUUUAGACUUUGUGUUGUUAAAUGCAGCAACGGCAUUGUAUGUUAGUGGAACUGCAAAAGAUUUAAAGGAAGGAGUUAAACUAGCUAGAGAAAGCAUCACGAGUGGGAGUGCAAAGAAAGCUCUGGAUGGGUUCAGGGAUGCGAGUUUACAAGAACAAAUUAAAUAA